UAAAACCAUAAAUAGACAAUGCGAGCAUUCAGUUAGUAAACACCAAGUACUUAACCUGGCUUUUACCUUCAUUAUAAAAUUUAUUUUUUUUCCGCUAUUAUUUCGGUCGAUCGAAUUGAAAUACUCAUUUUUGUAAUAUUUGCAAGUUUGGAUCUUCUUACAAAUAUCAUUUGUUAUUUCAUUUAUUCCAUGAAAACUCCGAAUUCGAAAUAUUAAGUUUGGAAAAACACAUCAUGAAGUCUUAUUUUUUGUGGUUAAUAUUCAUCAAAGUUUGUCUAGCACAAGCUCCUGAAAAGUUGACUGGAAAUCCAUGUAUUUCAAAAGAAACAUGUGGCGAUUGUAUAACAGCUGAUCCUGAAUGUGCUUGGUGUUCACAAGAGGAUUUCACUCUCGAUGGAAGUAGAAGAUGCGAUUACACUGGUAAUUUGAGAGGCCGGUGUAAAGAUGAGCAUAUUGUUAUGCCUGGACAAGAAAUGAAAAAGAAUAAAGACUUAGAGUUAAGCAGCAAAGGUGUGAAAGAAGGAGAAGCUAUUCAAAUCAAACCACAGGAGAUUACUCUAAAACUUAGGCCAAAUUCUCCAUUUCCAUUGGUUGUCGAAUUUCGACAAGCAGAAGAUUAUCCAGUAGAUUUGUAUUAUUUGAUGGAUCUUUCUAAUUCAAUGAAGGAUGAUAAGGAUAAGUUGGCAGAGCUUGGAAAUUUAUUAUCAACAAGAAUGAAUAACAUAACUACAAAUUUUCGACUUGGCUUUGGUUCUUUUGUGGAUAAGGUGGUUAUGCCAUAUGUAAGCACAGUCCCUGAAAAAUUAAGGGAGCCUUGUCAAGAUUGUGCAGCUCCAUAUGGUUUCCUGAACCAUAUGCCAUUGACUACGAACACAGAAACAUUUGCUGAACUUGUAAGAGAGGCUAGAGUUUCAGGUAAUCUGGAUGCACCUGAAGGAGGUUUCGAUGCAAUUAUGCAAGCUGUAGUAUGCAAGCAAAGGAUUGGAUGGAGAGAGAAAUCUAGAAAAAUGUUGAUAUUUUCUUCAGACAGUGGUUUUCAUUAUGCUGGAGAUGGAAAGCUUGGAGGUAUUGUAAAGCCAAAUGAUGGUCAGUGCCACUUAGACAAUAAUGGUUAUUAUAGUGAAAGCACCAAUCAAGAUUACCCAUCUCUCAGCCAGAUCAAUCAUAAAAUUCAAGAAAAUAAAGUGAACAUUAUUUUUGCUGUUACAGCAAAUCAAGUUCCUGUUUAUGAACGUUUGAGCAACUUACUUGAAGGUUCCAGUGCUGGGAAAUUAGAAAAUGAUUCUUCAAAUGUUGUUGAACUAGUGCAAGAUCAGUAUGAUAAAAUUACAUCAGCUGUGGAAAUGAAAGACAAUGCUGGAAGUAAUAUUAAAGUCACUUACUAUUCUUCCUGUUUAGGGACCAAAAGAGAAAAUACUAACAUUUGCAAAGGUCUGAAAGUAGGAACAAAUGUGACUUUUGAAGCUAAUAUUGAAGUCACUAAGUGUCCUAAAGAUCCCAAAGAAUGGAACCAAACUUUCCAAAUAUAUCCUGUUGGGUUAAAUGAAGCUUUAACUGUUCAUUUAGAGAUGAUCUGUGAGUGUGAAUGUGAAAAACCAUGGAAUGAGGAAAAAGAUAGCGAUAAAUGUACUUUUGGUAAUGGUACUUAUGAAUGUGGAGUUUGCAGUUGUUACAGUAAUAGAUAUGGCAGAGAAUGUGAAUGUGAUGCUAAAGACAGUGAUCAAGCAACUGAUGAUAUAGGAUGUUACUUUGGAAAUGACACAAAACCAUGUUCUGGAAGAGGUAUUUGUAGAUGUGGUGAAUGUGAAUGCUUUAAACGCCAAAAUCCUGAAGAGAAAGUGACUGGAAAAUUCUGUGAAUGUGAUAAUUAUUCUUGUGACAGAUCUGAAGGAAAAAUCUGCAGUGGUCCAGAUCAUGGUGUUUGUGAUUGUGGUAAAUGUAAAUGUAAACCUGGCUGGAAAGGACUGGAUUGUGGAUGUAGAGAUACAAAUGAGACAUGUAUUGCUCCAAAUGGAAAAAUAUGCAGUGGACAUGGAGAAUGUGAAUGUGGUGUUUGUAAGUGCUAUGAUUUAGAAGAAGGCAGAUAUAGUGGAACAUUUUGUGAACGGUGUCCUACUUGCCCUUUGAAAUGUGAUGCAUUCAGAGAUUGUGUAGAAUGCCAGAUCUUUCCAGACGACAAUGAUGUUCCAGCAGAAAAUUGCACUGCAUGCUCUUUCAUAACUAUUGGUGUUGAUAAAGUUGAAGUAAAAGAAGAAGAAAAUGAGAAGUUAUGUGUUUUCCGAGAUGAUAAGGACUGUCAAUUUACUUUUAAAUACAAAUUAGAUGAUGAGGAUCAGCCCAUUGUUCAUGCUCAACGCACAAAAGACUGUCCCGAGCCUGUGAAUAUACUUGCCAUAAUUUUGGGUGUGAUUGGUGGCAUCAUUGCUGUUGGUCUUGCACUUCUGUUGAUUUGGAAGCUUCUCACAACUAUACAUGAUAGAAGAGAACUAGCCAAAUUUGAGAAGGAGCGUCAGAUGGCUCGGUGGGAUACUGGUGAAAAUCCUAUUUACAAGCAAGCUACAUCUACUUUCAAAAAUCCAAUGUACAGUGGCAAACAGUGAUAAAAUUCCUACAUUGUUUUUGGAACUGGAGCAAAUUUUUGGUGCUACAUUGACCAUUAAGAAAUUGGUUAUUUAUGAGUGUGCCUUGUUCACCAUCAUUUUUUUGGAUUGAAGGAAUUUUAUUGCGAGUGACUUGAUGUUGUGAAAUGUUAAAUUGUUCAUGUUUAAAAUAAUCUUCAGAGGAGCUAGGAAAUUUACAUCCAUCCUUUGGUUGUCAAUGUACUUUGUCAUUUUUAUUUUGAUGAGCUGUAAUAUAGAUGUGCCAAUAUAUAUAUUGUCCGUAGACUAAUUUAAUGUACUUUAGUUUUUAAUGAAUUUUUGUUGAUGUUUGUGAUAUUAAUUUUUUGAUUGCGAAAUUUUCAGUGUAGCUGUGUUACUUCACAUUUUAGUGCUUAAAUAUUUUAUAUGUAAAAUUAAAGUAUUAAUAGUUUUUUAGAAUAAAUUAAAAACAGAAAUAUGCACAUUAGAAUAUUGUAAAUCAAAGUACUUUUAUUUAUAUGUAAUUGUGUAAUAUAUUUAUAGAAAAAAAAAUAUAAAGUUAUCCAUAUAAUGAAAAUAUUUUUUUUCUUGACCCUGAAAGGUACUUAAAUUCCUUCUUAGAAAAUGUUUAGUUUUGUAAUUUUUAUAACAAUUUUAACUGUGCCUUGAAAUACCUAAAAAAAAAAGUAAGGCUAAUGCUUGUGCCUUGGGAUUAUAUAUUUGAAAUCUACUGAAUUUUUAUGGUAUUUCCUCUCUAUUAUUAAGGAAGAUUUCAAGAAAUGUUGAUAAAAUUUAGUGUGCAGAUAAAAGUCACAUUAAAAAAUUUUUUUAAUUAAAAAAUAUCCAUAAUUUUAUCAAAUCUGUAAUUCAUCUAAUAAAAUCCAAAACAUUUGCUUAUUUUUAAAUAUGUUUGCUAGAUUCUGUGAAAUUCUUAGCUUAUAAAGUUGUUUACUAUUUAAGUUUCCUGUUUUUUAUUUCAACACAUUUUCGUUUAAAUUGUGCACUGUUGUACUUGAUAUGAAAAUUGUGGUAAUCAUAUUGUUUUAAAUGUGCAAUUAUUUUCUUCUAUUAUAUUUAUAUAUAUAUAUAAUUGAAUGUAAAAGACUGGUUGUCAGUUUCCUUUUUUUUCCCUUAUAAAUUAUAUUUUAUUUUAAAAUAGUGACUUUUUAUGUGAUGUUUAUUACUAUAUAAAAGUAUAAUGCUACAGUAAUGGUAUAUUUUUUUUUCAUUAUUUGUUCACUUUAAAUGCUUUUUUUUAAAAAUUAUUUUGAGCUUAUUCUUUUAAGAUCUUAAAAUUUUGGUUUGAAAGUGGGUGUGGAUUUAUUUUCCUGCUUUCAGAAAUAUCUUGCCCUUUCAUUUUAAACAUUUGUUUUUAAUGCAUUUAUCUAUUCUGUAAACAUUAAAUUAAAUGUGUUUUGUAUUUUUUAAUUAAGAAUCUCUUACUUCUUUAAGCUCUGUUUGAGUUGAAGUGACAUUUUUAUUGUAUUAUUAUAUAUAUAUAUAUUUCUUUUAUUGUAAUAAUGUUCAUAUUAUAACAGUACUAAAGCAUUCACUUACAAAUAUGUUUAACUCAUUCUUUUUAGACCUGCUUUUGAUUUUUCAUUCCUUCUCCCUUAAAGAAUUAUUUCAAUAUAUAUAUAUUUUUUAAAUCAUGCAGCUAAAUUCUAUGGUACUUUUUAAAAGCUGUUUUAAUCAAUUUAUUUGUAUCCAUAACUUUAUAAGAGAAAAAAAAUUAAUUUUUUUAUUGAUCCUUACAUUUAUCAAAUUUAUAUUCAUUGGAAUAUUUAUUUCAAAAUUUUCAUUGUAUUGUAUUUUUGUAUAUCCUGAAAUGUGUAAAAUCUUGUUUUAAUUUUUAACAUAUGGAAUUUAAAAAAAAAGAAUAAAAAAAUUUGUUUAAAAAGUGCCUUGAGAAACU